GCGCUAGUUUACGAGACGGAAAAGUGAUUACACAUUCUCUUAUGGACCUGGCCAGACUUCUCUCUGCUUUUAACCAAGAAUCAAGCGCUUUAACAAAAAACGGAAAUCUUCAAAUAAUAAUUAUUGAUCUUGUUUUUCUAAUGCAACGCAAAGAUUCUUUAAUUAUCGAGUCACUUUUAUCGCGUGAUCUACAAUCUUUUUUAUGUUAGCAACUUUGAGUAUUUUUGCAUUUGAAUUUUACUUUAUUGACAUGUGCAUUGAAACCACGCCGAUAGCGUGAAAAAAAGCAAUUCGAACUUUAAAGAUUUUUGAGUAAAGUGCAUUUUAGAAAUGACUUCCCAACGACCAGUUUCUUGCGGAUUGGAAUAUUCCUGUGCUUCAGAUCUACCUAAGUGUUUAGACGAUGCACGGAGUUCAAAAUUUGACUUUAUCUGCAUCAACUUGGUUCAUCCUUUAUACAAGAGAGAAUUUAUAUCUGGUCUCGCCAAAGAUCGUCCAGGACCAUUUACCAGACCAGACUUGAUCUUACCUAGUUCAGAUUGGAAUAGUGUAAUUGCCAAAUUUCCGCCGCUUAUCAAUGUGGAUUCACCAAAUCCAAUUAUCAGAAAAAAUAGUGAAGAAACUCUCAAACAAGAAAUGAGCUUAGCUAGUCACUUCAGUUUGCCAAGUAUACUUAUCAAAUUAAGAUAUGGAAUAAGUGAGAAUGUAAAUCUUGCAAGGAUUAUUUCCGAGAAAAUUAUACAGAACAAUUGUUACCAGGUUUGGGUAGAAGUACCAAUGGAAAAUCCCAAAAAACAAACCUAUUCUUAUAGAUCAGAAAAAUGUCCAAAGAUUGCGGAAGAAAGUCCAUGGGAAUGGUGGAAUGCAUUUAGAACACUAUGUGAUUACAAUAAGAAAAUGGGAAUUGCAUUAGUUGUUAGUCAUGAUUUACCUGAAUCUGAUGAGAUUGAUAGAUGGCUCGGGGAACCGGUGAGAUGCUUGAUCUUGCAGACGUCGGUAUUUCUCACUAAUAAAAAAGGUUAUCCCGUACUGAGUAAAGCACAUCAAGGAUUGGUAAAAAAAUUUGCUGCAUUAGAAGUUCAGUUUCUCUUAAGAGGCUGUACGUACUUCACAAGUUCGACUUAUCACAACUAUCUUGACUUUUUAUGGAAGGGAUGCCAGAAACACGGAACGGUAGAAAGAUUUGCCAAGGGGUAUGAAGACUAUCUGCAGAAUCCGUUACAACCAUUAAUGGACAAUCUCGAGUCACAAACCUAUGAAAUAUUCGAAAAAGAUCCGGUAAAAUAUCGAGAAUAUCAGACUGCUAUAUGCGAAGCUCUCAAGGCAAUCGCGUCAAAGAUUGAAAAGAGACAAAUAAUCAUCAUGGUGGUUGGCGCUGGUAGAGGUCCGCUUGUAACAGCAUCUUUGAAUGCUGCGGACUUGACCUGCUUGGACGUAAAGGUGUACGCAGUUGAGAAGAAUCCUAAUGCCGUAAUAACUUUGCAGGCUAUUCAGAGAGACAUGUGGAAAGACAAGGUUACGGUGGUUUCGUGUGACAUGAGAAACUGGACUCCUCCGGAAUUAGCCGAUAUUAUCGUUUCCGAAUUACUCGGAUCGUUCGGUGACAACGAAUUGUCUCCGGAAUGCUUGGAUAAUGUUAUGCAGUUUUUAAAAGAUGACGGAAUUAAUAUACCCCAAUCGUAUACUUCAUACAUCGCUCCGAUACAAUCUCACAAAUUGCACUGCGAGGUGAGGCAGCUUAGAGAUAAAGACAGACAUCCGUUAGCUCAUUUUGAAAUGCCGUAUGUGGUUCAUUUGCAAAAUAAAUACGAUAUAGCGAAUCCACAACCGCUUUUCACAUUCAAGCAUCCAAAUCCAGAUGUUUUUAAGGAUAAUUCGAGGUAUGAAACAAAAAUCUUCUCGGUGACGCAGAAUUGUGUCCUACACGGAUUUUCCGGAUACUUCACAACGGUGCUGUAUGAAAAUAUUAUAUUGAGUAUAGAACCCAACACAAUCAGUCCGGAUAUGUUCAGUUGGUUUCCGAUCUUCUUCCCAAUUAAGGAACCGAUACAGUUGAAGGCAGGGGAUGAACUGGUGGUUCACUUCUGGCGCAAAUGUAGUCCCAACAAAGUGUGGUAUGAGUGGUGCCUUAGCAAACCCGUUCCAGUAUCAAUUCACAAUUCAAACGGACGUUCUUCCACCAUUGGAUUAUAGUGAAAUCAUAUAUAAAUCGUAAUUUUUCAUCCAAACUUUUUUCUCAUUCAGAAUGUGAUGUGAGGAUUGAACUCUUCCACGAACAUAUUCUCUAACAUCUCUAGAUAAUUACAGAUAUGUUCGAGUAUUAUUUUUGCAGUAGUUUUUAAUUUUUCUUUUUUCAGUGGUUGUAUCUGUCCUUUUUUUACGUGUUGCACACUUUUUUAAAGUUUGCAUAGUUAUUUUAUUAAAUGAUAAAAUUUAGCCGAAUUUUGUUUAUACACACAAAUUAAUUUACAAGAGUACAACUUGUGUUUGAACAUGGUUUUUUCAUUCAGCAUAAUAUCAAAAAUGUUCUCUUUAAAAGAUAAUUGUGUAAGAUAAGAGAAUUUUUAUGUAAAAAACAUCUAACACUAUCCGGAUGUGUGACAAUUUGUGUAUAAGGAAUGUGCAAAUAUUUUUUUUUGGCGCAUAUUGCUGAAGAGAAUAUCUCACAAGUGCUUCUCUAAAAAGCCCGCUAUAUUACGUUAUGUUUUUUAUUUAAUUACACAGGACCAUCGAGAAGAAUCUUAUUAUUCGCGAUUUGGAAAUCAAAUCGUCGCGACGCGUGCGAUCCGACGAUAAAGAGAAGAAUCAAUUUGCGCGCCGCAGGUUUUUAUAUAUAUAUCAAACGCGCACGAUGUUUUACGCCGUUUCACGACGCGCUUAACGUCGAAUUCACGAGGAUACAUACAUGACACAUCAGCGUAGCAAACCAGAAGAACCAAUCAGCGCUUUAUAAAAACAAAAACAAAAAAAAAACAAAAAAUAAUGAGUUUGAGAUACGCGAGUUAUCUACAUGUAACUUUUUAUAACAAGAGACUGUAUAUGUGAUCUUUGUACGCCCGGUUUCCAUAUAUAGAGGUCAUCGGGCGCGGUACAAUUUUGAUAAGAGAUAUUUUUCAAGCGUAUACAUCGUGUACUGUUGCUAUCGCCUUAAAUUCACGUGAUGAGAUGCACUGAGUGAGAGAAAGAGAAAGAUAAGAGAUCGAAUUUUACAUAUUCAACUUGACGCUGUGCGAAACUAGAUAUGACAUAUAUGUAACGUUUGUGACGUACUUUUUUUACUUUAUUCAAUUAUUUUGUUUGAGUUGUUUCUUCAAGUGAGACUAAAAAAAAUUUGUUCAGCGUCUUUCUUUUUGAUUGAUUGUAAGUCUGAUAUUAUACACAGAUUGUAAAAUCUGAGCGCGAAUAAUUGUGCGAAUCGAGUAUAGUUGUGAAAAAUAGAUGUGGCAAUGGAUACAAUAAUCACGUUUUUAAAUUUAUCGCAACGAACUGUGGAUCGUGUACUUCUGUAUCUUUAUUUUGAAUAAAAAAAAACAAACAAAACAAUGUUUUUCAAAAUAUUCGCAAAAUUAUCGAAAUUCAACGAAAAAUGCAAGUUAUCAUCCAAAAAUGGUAAAAACUGGGUUGUUUUGCGCUUUUGACCACGGGUGUCUUGCACGUGAUGGAAAAACUGAGAGCGAAGUCCGAGAAAAUUUUCCCCGUGAAUGCAACAAUCUGACGCGCGCGCGCGCGCGUGUGCGUGUGUGUGUGUGACCACCGGAAUGUUGAUGACGACGGAACUCGAUAGUGCGACGAAAUGCGAGACAUUUGUAUCGAACUAUAACCGUACAGUUCGAUACUACAGUUCUCUAUGGCAAGAUAAUGCAGAGAAACUGAUGACACCAGAAGAGCUGUGACCGUAAAGUCGUCGGCAUCUCUCAUCAGUCGAUAGUCUCCGUAUCGCUCGCGAGCCUGCGCUACAUUACGCGCGGGACCGGCGGCACGUGAACGCGAUCGGGGGAGAAAAAAAAAAAAAAAAAAAAAAAA